AUGAAGGGCCUGGCACUCAUUGCCUUCACCGUUCUGUGCACUGUUUAUGGUGACCCAACAGACGUCUUCACUCACAAAUCCCCAUCCGAACCAUUCUAUGUGGUGGACGGGCAAUCAGGGCCAACGCUUGAAUGUGCAAUCAAAGAAACAUAUCGAGACAGAGAGUCGCAUGAAGUCUCGUGGACAUUGUACUCACAUGGACAUAUCAGGCAUAUCUCUCGAAGCUCAAAACUCCUCUCGAAAGAAUACUUUGAUUUGGUUGAAGAUGCGAAGACUGGCAAUUACAAUUUGAAGAUAAAAAAGGUGGCUCGUGGGCUCACCGAGGGGAAAUUCCAGUGUUCUGUGCUGAAUUUAGAGUCCGGAGAACAGUACACAGCCGAUUCACUCGAAGUGGUCAUGUUAGUCGAACCUGGCCCACCCGAAAUCGUCGAUUACCCAUCACAACCAGUGAAAGAAGGAGACGGAAUCCAAAUGAAAUGUCGAACUGAAGGCGGAUCUCCACCUCCAACAAUUCAAUGGCUUUUCGAUAACAAAACUGUCGCCAAUCAGGAUCUGUACUCGGUUUCGGUCAAAGAUGAAGUUGUUGAGAGCAGAAUCCAAUGGAGAGCUCGAGCUGAAGACAAUGGAGCAUUCUUGACGUGUAUGGUUAGCAAUAAGGCAUUGGAGGGAAGAGCUCCGAAAGCUGUCCAGAGUCCACGAUUGAAUGUUCUCUACAAACCGACAGUCACCGUUGGACCAGUACCUGACUACAUUGUGGAAGAAGAUCAACAGAUCGAAUUGACUUGUUCCGGUCAGGGAAAUCCUCAACCAACUGGUUUCGAAUGGAAGCACAUUCAAACUGGAGAACGAUAUCUUGAUGCAAAAUGGCCAUUGAAAGCCGAACGAAAAUAUGCGGGCGAAUUCGAGUGUCGAGCGAGUAAUACGAUUGGAGAAUCCGUUGACAAGAUGAAAUUGGAUGUGCAAUAUAAACCAAGAGUUACGACAAAGGAUAUGGUGAAUCCAUCAGAGGGAGACACUGUCAGCAUUGAUUGCACAAUUGAUGCCAAUCCGAAAGCUGAGGGAAUCGAAUGGGUUGGACCAAAUGGAUUCACAUCAAAGGGACCAAAGAUUGUUCUUCCAUCAAUUUCAAGAGAUCAAUCUGGUGAUUACAUUUGCCGAGCCACCAACUACUUGACUCUCUACGGACAAACGGGAGCUCAGCCAAGAACUGGACAAUCAACUGUUAAGGUGGAUGUCCGUCGAAAGCCAGGCUCAGCUCGAAUCACUCCAUCAACAUUGAAUGUUCCCGUUGGAGGCACAAUUCAACUCACUUGUGUUGCUAUGGAUCCCGGAAGUCCGACUGCUGAAUAUAAAUGGGCAAGUCCAAGCAGUGGAGGACAGUAUGGAACAAUGGAUCAUAAUGGGGAAAUCUUGACGAUUCGGAAUGCUCAAUUGUCUGAUAAUGGAGAAUACAAAUGUCUUCCGUUCAAUCGAAUUGGAGAAGGAGAAGUGGCUACAGUGAAAGUGAUUGUUGUGGAACCGGCUGAGAUUUCGAAACCGUUGGCUACGGAAAGAGUGUACAAUACUGGAGAGACAACUACUGGAUUGGAGUGUGAAGCCCAGGGUUACCCAACUCCCGAUAUCGCAUGGCUUCGAGACGGCCAACCAGUUGAUCCAUUGCGUUUCUCGAUUAAAACGAAAGAAGGCCGAGAGAAUUGUCCACCCGGAGAUUACUGUACAAAGAGUAUCACAUCAACUCUCGCGUUUCAAUAUCCCGUUGAAUGGUGCGAUAAGGGAAAUUACACAUGUGCAGCUCAAAAUGGUGGUGGAGAAGCAGCUAAGACUUGGUCAAUCGUUCGAGUUGUUCAUUCUCCACAAAUUCUCAAUGAUGUCUACAAUGGAGAGAGUUUGGCUGCGGUUGAUUUGGAAACAACGGCUCGUAUCUCCUGCCGUGUUUCUGCCCGUCCCGAGCCAACAUUCAAAUGGUUUAAAGAUUCGGUGGAGAUCGAAGAAGGAGAAAGAUUCGCCAUUUCAGCCAAUCGCCUAUCCAGUCGGCCUGAUGAAUUUGAAUCGGUUCUUUCAUUCACUGAUGCCACUAAAGCUGACUACGGAAAGUACAUGUGUCGAGCGACAAACGGGAAAGGACCAAAAGCUGAAGUCGUCAUUUUGCUGAAAGAGAAAAGCAAACCCGAGCCACCUCAACAAAUUCAAACGGUAUCCACCUCUCCAACAAGUCUGAACAUUGCCUGGAAACGAGGCUUCGAUGGAGGAUAUUCGCAGACGUUUAUUUUAGAGUAUAAAAGAAUAAAUCCGUUUACUGAAAAAGUGGCUGAUGAAGAGGCAGUGACAACGAUUGAAGUGAAAAAUUUGCAAAGGAUCGAAGUGCGAAAUAAAGAUUCAAAUCGAGCGAAACGAUCUCCAACGAUGACAUCAUUAGUGGCAUACAAUUUGACGGGACUUCUCCCACAAUCAACUUAUUACAUCAAAUUAAAAGCAAAGAAUGAAAUUGGAACUUCUGAUUUCUCAUCUCCAAUCGUUUCAACAACGGGCGAUAUUUAUGAAGAUCCGACAUUUGAGACACCCAUUGGAGUCAAAUACAACACGAGAACAAUGGGAUUGACACUUGAGCCUCAACCCUCAUCCGAGAUCUGCGUUCAAUUGUAUGUAUCAUUCGGAGAAUUCUAUCGUGGAGUUGGAUGUUGGCCGGUUGAUCGAGAAAUCUCUGAUCUGCCUGGUGGAGCGCAGUUCAGAAUACGAUAUUGCUCAAGGACAAAUCCGCUACAUUGCUCUUCAUUAAGCCGCGAAGUAAUCUCUCCCAGUCCAUUCACCUCAAAAUGGCGCUUCUUGGUGCCAGUCCUGAUCGCAUUGAUUGCUCUGGCCUUUUUUUGCAUCAUCUUGACAAUCUGUUGUCGAUCGAGAAGAGGAAAGGAUGAUAAAAAGAAGAAUAAACGAGUUGACAUUCGACCAGAAGUCUCGGGCCCAAUGCCACCAAUCGAGGCGAAGAAUACAGUGACCCAUGGAUCGGCCACUGAUUCGGGAGUGUUCACUUUAGAGAAUGGACAAAAAGGACACCAUGAUUCGUACAACACACAGACAUUCAGCGCUAAUGAGACGAUAGCCGAGAGAGAUUCAUGGCCAUCAGGAGGAGCACCAGCAAGUCAUCACAAUACAGCAUAUGAUCCAUUUCAUAAUGAUCCAUAUUUGAAUGAAUAUGACGGAGGAGCAUGGAGGACAAGCGUGCAUGACGGAAGCGGUGGAUCGGGAAAUGAAAAUCAAACAACGACAACCCAUUCAGACGGAGGAGAUUCCGAUUCGGAAGCAUUUGGAGGACAAGGAAGAGUGAUUAGGGAAAUCAUUGUG